AUGUCUGCCGACCUGCCAAUCUUUUUCUCUUUAAAGAAAGGUGAGGAAGUCACGGGACCCGGCGAACUCCCAUCGGGUCCCGGCGGAGAAGGCCUUCGCCGGUCCUCCUUCGCCACCGUCCACCACGUCCACCUCCCGGGGCAGUUCCACUCGGCGUCAGGGGAAGAGUGCCUGUCUGUGGAUUCGGAUGUCAGUUCUGAGGAAGAGGAGUCAGCAGGUGGUGCCCCGCGAAAAGAGGGUGCGUUUGAUGCCCGCCCCACAAAAGCUGAAGUCCAUCUCUCCUUCAGAGCAGAAGCCGGCCUUCCAACAAAUCUGCGGGAAAGCCUACCUUUCCCCCCGGAGCUCGACGAGAAGGAAGCUCCGGGACGCCCGGAGGCUGCGGUCCAAAAGAGAGACGAGCGUCCCAGCCGUCCAGACGCGGGUCAGAAAAGCAGAAAGGGACGAGGAUAUGGGCGCCUAGUAGAGAAUCUGCAAGACAACAAAGGACAGGGAAGCCUUGGGCCGGAAGCCAAAAGGCAGAUUCCAGAAAGCCCAGGCGUGUACCCGGAGCGGCCAACCCAGGAUCCACAGUGGGUAACCCGGAAUUCAGAGCCACCGACUCGAGAUCCGGAGCGGCCAAUUCAAGAUCCACAGCGGCCAACUCGGAACCUAGGCCGGCCAACCCAGAAUCCAGAGGGGCCGACCCAGGAUCCGGAGCGGCCGACCCGAUAUUCAGAGCGGCCCGUUCCGAAUCCAGAGGGGCCGACCCAGAAUCUGGAGCGGCUGACCCGAUAUUCAGAGCGGCCCGUUCAGAAACCAGAGCGGCCGACCCGGUAUUCAGAGCGGCCAGUUGAGAAUCCAGAGCGGCCAACCCAGGAUCCAGAGCGGCCAAUCCAGGAUCCAGAACGGCCAACCCGGUCUUCAGAGCAACCAACCCAGUCUUCAGAGCGACCAACCCAGAAUCCAGAAUGGCCAACCCAGGAUCCAGAACGGCCGACCCGGUCUUCAGAGCGGCCAGUUCAGAAUCCAGAGAGGCCAACCCGGAAUCCAGAAUGGCCAACUCAGAAUCCCGAGCAGCCAGCCCAGAUCCCAGAGGGGCCAGAAUCUCAGAAAUCAGAGCGGCCAACCCAGGAUCCAGAGCGUCCAAGCCAGAAGGCAGAGCGGGCUCCCCUGGGCUCGGGCACAUCCUCCGGCGACCUUCCCCCUCGGGAAACGGGGACCCCCGGGGACUGGCAACAGGUUGGAAGCGGCUCGCUGAGAGGUGCGGAGGAGGCCGAGGGCGGCCUUGCCGGAGAACCGCUCGCCCCACCGCUGGACAAGCAGGACGUGGACUGCGGCGUGGGCUCUGCCCGGGAAAGGCACAGGAGCUCUGGAGCCACGAACCAACUUCCGGAGAAGCUACUUCUAUCCAGAGAAAGUGGAGGAGAGGCCAGGCCAGGAGAGCUCCAAGAGCCAACUCCGGAUCACAUCAGCACAGACAGAGAAGAGCCCGGGGCAUCGGGGGGAAGGAAGAGACCCGGGGCGGCCCAGCCCGGCGUCCGAUGGGGCAGCCGCCGAGGAGCUUCGGGGGACCCGGGCCCCCGCAGGGCGGAGUUCGUCGUCGGCCAUCCGAAGGAGGAGCGAAGAGCCGGGGAGAACCGGAGUGCGGCCCCCAAGAGAGCGGCGGCGGCGGCCGGGGUCCGGAAGGGAGAGCGGCGGCGCCGGUGGCCAGCCGGGGGUCCCGAGACCCCUGACGCCCCAAGCCGGGGCGACGCGGACCACCCGGCCCAGAGAGGGGACUCUCCCCGGGACCCCGGCCCUCGGGACCCUCAGCUCCGCCCUCCCCCUGCCCACGAGCCCCAGGGGCCCGCGGUGGAGAGGCCCGGCCCUCCCCCGCCUGCCCCCGUCCCGGGGACCCCAGGGUCCGAAGAAGGCCGACGGGGCGGCGCAUCAGAGGCGCUCCCCGGGAACCGGUGGCAGGAGAAGACUUCUCGGGACAGGAUCCGAGCAGAAAGAGCGGAGAGGAGGCGGCUGGAGGUGGAGAGGAAACGAAGGGAGCAGGAGGAACAGACACGGCAGCGGCAAGAGCAGCUGGAACGGAUGGAGCGGAUAAAGGAGGAGUUUGAGCGGGAGCAACUGAGGAGAGCCGAGGAGAACCGCUUGCAGAGGCAGAGGUCGGAGGCCGAGCGGCGGCGGCAGGAGGCGGAGGCAGCCGGGAGGGAGCAGCAGGAGCGGGCGGUCCAGGAGCAGGCUCUGCGCCAGCAGGACCAAUUGCGCCAGAAGCUCAAGGAAGCGCAGAGGAAGCGGCAGCAGGAGGAGGCGGCCAGGGCAGAGGCCGAGCGGCAGAGGCGAGAGGAGUCGGCCACGCUGGCGGCCGAGGAGCAGCGGCGGCUGAGGGAGAUGGCCGAGGAGGAGCGGCUGGAACGCGAGAAGCGGAGACGAGAGGAAGCGGAGAAGGCCCGGCUCGAGGCGGAGGAGCGGAGGAGGAAGGAAGAGGCGGCGGCCAGCCUGGCUCUGGAGGAAGCCAGGAUACAAGCCCGCCAGCCGGCCAGGCGGAGGGAGGCCGCGGAGGAGCACGCGCGCUUCCGGCGGGACUUGGUGACGGAGGCCGGGGGCCUGGAGCGGGCCCAGGAGAUCUCCCGGCCCUGGGUCUACUCCUACUUCCAGCCGCUGCAGGUGCUCAGCCCGGAGGCGGCGGCCGAACGGCACUGA